AUGCACAGUGAUAAUGAUAAUGCGUGCGCCCUUAAUGGAAAUCAGCAGGACUCCAAAGAAGUUGCUUGCGAUCCCGUCUCAACGAUCCAGGCAUAUUUGGUGGAGAUGCUGCUCCAAACGCGCGCCGAGAAUACUUCUUUGGAGAACGAACUUAAUGAGCUGCAAGAAAACCAGAAGCUGCUAACUGAUCAGAAGGCUGAAGCCAUCUGCAGUAUGAGUCUGCCAAUCGCUGGGGAGAAUUCGAUAGAGCUGCUUCCCAACUUGGAUGAACUGACUGCGAAGGAGACUACCCUGAGCAGUCAACUGAGCGAUCUGGUGAAAAUAAAGCAACAACUGAGCCUGGCCUAUGCUGAUCACUGCCAACAGGCCAUACAUGUCACCGAGGAGCGGGACGGUAAUGUUACCUAUGAUGAGUUCACAUCGAUGAGCUAUGAAGAUCUUAAGAAGCUCAUACAAGAAGAUUCUAUUAAACUGUGUGAAAUGAAAAGAAAGUCAGAAGAAUUGAACGAAAUACUACGCUCGAAACGCAAGGAGCAGGAUGCCAAUCAUAAGGCCUUGCUGGAGCAAAUCAGUGUACUCGAACUGAUCGCGCUCGAAGCCUUCGAACUCGCGAACGAAGUUAAAGUUGACUUAAGCUAUUGCAACGAAGGCCGCCAAUUAGAUUAGUAGAAUACUACCAAUUAAUUUAAAGAACACCACUGCAAACUGUCUUACAUGCUUACAUAUGUUUCAUUAUGUUUUAAAACUUUCAUUUAAUCAACCAUUUUCCUAAACAAAUAAAAAAUACAUAUUUCCAUCA